AUGGAUAUGACCAUGGCCACCAGCACAGCCAUGGCGAUGGCAACAUCGACCAGUGCAGGUUCCGGAGGCAUGUCAAGCGGCAGCAUGUCAAUGUCAAUGUCUGAAAUGGCCAUGACCUUUUUCGAAGCUUUCCAAACACCUCUGUACUCGGACGCGUGGACCCCGACAACCACCGGUCAAUAUGCCGGCACCUGCAUCUUCCUCAUCGUCCUAGGCUCGAUUCUGCGCCUCCUACUAGCUCUGAAGCCAGUGCUCGAAGACCGUUUCUGGAGAAACUAUCCCGCAUACGAAUCAGACAAGGAGGCCUUGACAGGCCAUCAUGCGGCGAGUGUUGAGCCUGGACACGCUGGCGCGGUGAUUCGCAAAGAUAUUGUUGGACGGUGGAAGGGUUGGCGGGCUGGCGCCGCUGCCGCGAGGGCGACAUACGAAGUCAUUGUCGGCGGCAUAGGAUAUCUUCUGAUGCUCGCGGUUAUGACGAUGAAUGUUGGUUAUUUCCUCUCUGUGCUUAGUGGUGUUUGGCUCGGCACAUUCCUCCUCGGCGGUCUCGCAGGCGGUAGUCCAACAAUCCACUGCUAG